GCAAUCCCGAUUUUUCCUCGCGUGGAUAGCCAUGACGCUAGAACCGAUAGGGCUUAGCAUUGGAUCCCCGCUAAUCCCCAUUGUUGUAUGUUUUUGUCUCUCUUUUUGGUCUCGGCCUAUCGUUUGAAAUACGUCUUACGUCUUGUUGCUAUGUGUCGGGCACUCAGAAACCUACACUCAACCCAGUUUAUCUACUCGUAGCCUCCGAUACACUGAUUCUGGCGUUGAGAUCCUCCUCAAACUGUCCCUCUGGUCAUAAACAACCGCAUUUGGCUAGAAGCCUGUGUAUUACUUUGCCAAAAUGGCUCCGGACAAUAUACCAAACCGCUAUCUUCUUCCUAGCCUCCUUUCACCUGAACGAUCUCCCGACUCCGAACACAUGGAUUAUUUCAACGGCGAUAGACCAGCCCAUUUGUUUCCCUCGCCUGCAGAAGUUCGAGCGAAUCCACUACUUCGAGAAGUAUGGGGCUCCUGUACGACAAAAUUUGAUUCACUCAAUAUUGUUGUGAAAUAUGGGGAACACAUCACUGCGUCCGAGGCACACUGCCUUCGAGCUCUUCGACGACUAUUACCCGACGAGGUACCUGUUCCAAAGGUAUAUGGAUGGUGUGAAGAUGGAGGCCAAGUCUUCAUCUACAUGGAGCUCAUUACAGGUGUAACCUUGGAGAGCCAAUGGGGUUUCCUCUCUGAUCAGGCGAAGGAGGAAGUCUGUAAACAACUGCGUAUUAUCGUGAAGGGUCUACGCAAACUACAGCAAGACCCGAACGAUCAAUUUCUCGGUCGUAUUGACCGAAAACCCCUUCUUGAUGUCGUCUUCACGGACACAAUAAAACCCCCAGCCGGACCGUUCGACACUGUUGAAGAGUUCCAUGAUUGGCUCUCUGCAUUGAUAAAGAUCGGCAAGGAAAUUCAUUUUUCUGAUCCGUCACAAAUUCCGGAUCCUUUCCGGGAGUUUCUUCCGGACAACUCGAGGAUUGUUUUCACCCAUGCUGAUCUCCAUCCAAGCAACGUAAUGAUGUCUGCUGAUGCAUCCGGUCAUAUACUUGCUGUCAUUGACUGGCAUCAGUCGGGAUGGUAUCCGGAGUACUGGGAGUUUUGUAAAGCUCUAUUUACUUCUGACUUCGAUGGAGCCUGGGCCACGGAGUAUAUUCCACAAUUUGUUGAUGUUGCUGAGUGUUAUGACUCCUGGGCUUGGUAUCCCCGGACUCUGGGGUAUUGAGGACAGUAUAAGUUGUCCUACAGUAGAGCUGCAGGAGAAUAGCGUAGGACACUCACAACCAAGUGAGACGUGUUAAUUGAGGUAGUCGAAUGGCGCUAUCUAGGCUUAUCGACUAGUGGGGCUUGCUAGAAUGAUUAUACAUACGAUAGACAAGGGCAUUUUAGAAGCAAUCUGUUUGCACGAGACCC